UAUGCUAAAGGCUCGACUGUCGGGUGCAUUACAUGACUCUUUCAGUACUCUGGUACUUUGCCGUCAAGAAUUUCAUUUUGAGUGCGUUUGUGAGCGAGAACUAGCGCGCAUGGUGUUGAAUCAAAUGAACGUAGCCGGCGACUUCAUCCACAGUUAACUGCGUUUGUUAUUGGUGUUGAAUCGUUGGAUUAUCUCGGGUUGGUUUUUCACGUCGGAUUUUUCCCGCCUGUCGGAAGCCUUCUUCGAUCUGGGAUUUUUCGAAACCACGAAGAGAAUGAAAUGUUCUUGAAGACUGAUAGCAGUCAUUUCAUGAAAAUGAACCAUGCUGAAAAUGUUAACUUGCCUUAUCAUCGCCAUAGUAUGGCAUUUGGGAGAUUCAUCACCGAUGAUAGAGAACGAUAGGAAAGUGCGUUAUGAAGAAUACAUCAUAGAGCACGAAAUCUCGGCAACGCAAGCGAAGAAUUCAGCUUUAACGAUCGCAGUUUCUUCAUUUCGUAUUCCUCCAGGCUGCCAGAACUGUACUGAUCAAGAACUUCGUUAUUGUACAGGGUCUGACUUGAUCAAUGACCACUGUUGCUGUGAUAAACGUUUUUCUGAAUCAUUACCCUUCAUUCCACAUACUUGUUACUCCGGCACAACACUUUGCAGAACAAUUGCAGCAGAUUGUGAGGAAUACUAUAGAAUAAAAUCUUGCUGCUGUGACAGAUAUGUUUUGAAAUUGGAAGCAGAAAUUGAUGAAAGGCAACAAUUCCUGUAGAAGGGAAGCCAGCCCAUUUUACUUAGUAUUAUUUUUGAGUAUAUUUCUUUCAAUGCUUCAUCCAAAGAUUCUUAUUUAAUGUAUUUUGUUGUUUUGUAUUCACAGUAUUAUUUCUUCGCGACAUGUUUAACAUUAUUUGUUAAUUUUUACUUGUUAUAUAUUGAAUAAAUGUUUAAUAUUC